AUGGGGCCGAAACGUACAUCUGGUGGCAGCGGUACCGUAUCGAAGACGGACACGGACCUAUUCAGUCUCCACGCUGGAUUGGAACGAUUAAUUUUUCGGCCUCGUCCGCCCGAGUUCAAUCCCAAUGACGACAUUGAGGAAUGGAUCGAGACCAUGGAUGAUUACUUAAGAUAUGAGGAGCCUGCUUGGGAACGCGUAGUCGACUACAUGGCUGACGUCUACGAUCUGGUCCAGAAGAGCUACCCAGGUGCCCCACCCGAGAGCCUGACGGUAGCCUUUGUUCUCAAGGGGCUACCAGCUGAGAUCGGCAAGCGGCACGCAUCUCCUCUGUCUCAGUCAAUAACAGACGUGGAGAGGGUUCUCUCAGCAGAUCCCGACCUGGGCGUUAACGCUCCGCCCCCCGCCUCAGAUCAAACCCGUCCAUCCCAACAGUGGCGUCCGAGGACGAACAGAUUCCAAGGGCCACGAAUCGGAGGAUCCGGUGGACAAUGGACGGGGAAACCUCGUGGCGGCGAAGGUUUUAAGAAGCCUCCAGUUGAUACGGGGGCUGGAUGCUCGUUAGUCAAUCCAAGACGAUUCCCGCCGAAGACGUUCCAGCCAUACCUGGUGGCGUCAUCAAUUAAUGUUAAGGCGGCGAACGGUACUGUUAUGCGUAGCAAGGGCUGUGUUGAUAUCGCACUCACUACUACCGGCAGUGUCUACCAGCAUACCUUAUAUCUAUGCCAGGAUAUGCCAUACGACGGUAUAUUGGGGUCGGACUUCCUCGAC